AUGUCAACAGAAACAUCAGCAACUGCGCUUGUCUUGCACGGCGCAAAGGAUCUGCGUCUGGAAACACGCACUGUCCCAGCUCCAACCGGCGCAGAUCUCCAAGUUGCCGUGACCGCCACAGGUCUCUGUGGCUCCGAUCUACACUACUACUCCCACGGCCGCAAUGGCGACUUUGUCGUCCGCGAGCCCAUGUGUCUGGGCCACGAAUCCGCCGGCGUAGUCACCGCCGUCGGGCCCGAAGUAGGGGCCGGCUUCAAGGUUGGCGACCGAGUUGCCCUUGAAGUAGGCCUGCCCUGUCGACAAUGUGCCUUUUGCAAGAACGGCCGAUACAACAUCUGCAAGAAGAUGCGCUUCCGUAGCAGUGCAAAGACCUUCCCUCACCUCGAUGGAACGCUCAUGGCACGUACCAAUCACCCCGCCGCCAUGUGUCACGCUUUGCCCGAUACUGUGUCCGAUGCGGGCGGUGCCCUCGUCGAACCGCUGGCUGUCUGCCUUCACGCGAUCCGUCGCUCUCAUCCACCGACAAAGGAGGAGGUAGCCCUAUCGAACGCCGCAGGCGAAGGUACUGCGGCACUGGUGUUUGGUGCUGGCGCCAUCGGUCUCUUGGUUGCUUCGGCGCUGGCCGUCUCAGAGAACUUCGAGUCAAUCGUGGUAGCCGACAUUGACGCUUCACGACUGGAAAUUGCAGCCUCGCUGGGUCUGGGGCUCAAGACAGCGCUCAUCCCCCGCGCAGACCCCUCCAGCCCCGCCCCACCUCCCAAGGACGCGCCCCACGCCGAACAGAUUGCCUGGGCAUUGACGAAUGCACAGGGUGUUGCCGCUUCUUUGGUGCAAGCAGCACAAAAGGACGGUAUGCCACCCGUAUCAGGCUUCAGCCGUGUCUAUGACUGCACGGGUGUCCCGGCCUGUGUCCAGGCGGGUAUCUAUGCAUCCGAGCCCGGUGGUGUGCUUGUCCAGAUUGGCAUGGGUAAUCCCAUCCAGACGUUGCCUGUGGGUGCGGCUGCUCUGCGCGAGGUUGAUAUUAUCGGCGUGUUCCGCUACGAUGGCUAUGCGUAUCCGGCUGCUAUUAGCCUGUUGGGGAGUGGCAAGCUGAAGACCACCGAGGAAAAGGUCGUCACACACCGGUUGCCGUUGGAGGAGGGUGAGCGCGCAUUCAUUCUCGCUGGAAAGGGUGUGGACGAAGACGGGAGGCCCGUUGUGAAGGUGGUCAUUGAGAAUAAGGUCUAA